UCAAUUCCGAGUCAGUCGUUGGCAAGAUGGAUGACGACGAUGUGUUGAAUCAAGAUAUAUGCCGGGUCUGCCGCUCUGAAGCAACGGCUGACAGGCCUCUCUUCCAUCCAUGCAUUUGCACAGGAUCAAUAAAGUUUAUUCACCAAGACUGUUUAGUACAAUGGCUUCGGUACUCUCGAAAAGAGUAUUGCGAGCUAUGCAAACACAGAUUCAGCUUUACUCCAAUUUAUUCCCCCGACAUGCCCAAUCGAUUGCCAAUAGCAGAUAUUUUAUCUGGCUUAGCCAGAAGUAUGGGAACAGCAAUAAGAUACUGGCUCCACUACACCCUUGUAGCAGUCGCAUGGCUUGGAGUUGUACCUCUGACAGCUUGCAGAAUUUACCGGUGCCUCUUCACAGUGUCAGUUGCAUCACUGUUUGAACAAGUCACUGACUUACUUUCUACGGAUAAUUUGUUAUCAGACAUUUUUCAUGGAUGUCUGGUCGUCACAUGUACACUCUCCGCCUUCAUCAGCCUUGUGUGGCUAAGAGAACAAAUUUUACAUGGCGGUGGACCUGACUGGUUAGAUAUUAGGGAUCAU